CCAUGACGAUCAAAGAUGGCUGCGCCCAUGUAAUGCCGCCAGCAACCGCUGACCUUUGGUUUUUUCCCUGUCACCUGGCCCCUGUGGUGGCAGGCGGGGUACGAAGACCAUGCUGGGCCGGACCCUCCGAGAAGUUUCUACAGCACUGAAACAAGGCCAAAUUACUCCAACUGAGCUCUGUCAAAAAUGUCUCUCCCUUAUCAAGAAGACCAAGUUUCUAAAUGCUUACAUUACUGUAUCAGAAGAGGUGGCCUUAAAGCAAGCUGAAGAAUCAGAGAAAAGAUAUAAGGAAGGUCACUCACUGGGGGAUUUAGAUGGAAUUCCUAUUGCAGUAAAAGACAACUUUAGCACAUCCGGCAUUGAGACAACAUGUGCAUCAAACAUGCUGAAAGGUUAUGUACCACCCUAUAAUGCUACAGUAGUUCAGAAGUUGCUGGAUCAGGGAGCUCUGCUAAUGGGGAAAACAAAUUUAGAUGAGUUUGCUAUGGGAUCUGGAAGCACAGAUGGCAUAUUUGGACCAGUUAAAAACCCCUGGAGUUACUCAAAACAGUACAGAGGAAAGAAGCAGCAGAAGACUCAUGGUGAGGAUGAGGAUUCAAACUGGCUUAUAACUGGAGGAAGCUCAGGCGGUAGCGCAGCGGCCGUGUCAGCGUUCACCUGCUUUGCGGCUUUAGGAUCAGACACGGGAGGAUCGACCAGAAAUCCAGCUGCCCACUGUGGGGUUGUUGGUUUAAAGCCAAGCUAUGGCUUAGUGUCUCGUCAUGGUCUCAUUCCCCUGGUGAAUUCAAUGGAUGUGCCAGGAAUCUUAACCAGAUGUGUGGAUGAUGCAGCCAUUGUGUUGGGUGUACUAGCUGGGCACGACCCCAAAGAUUCUACCACAGUACAAGAUCCCGUUAAACCAUUUAUGCUUCCCAGUCUGACAGAUGUGAGCAAACUGUGUGUAGGAAUUCCAAAGGAGUAUCUUACACCAGAAUUGUCAAGUGAAGUACGAUCUCUCUGGUCCAAAGCUGCUGACCUCUUUGAAUCUGAGGGGGCCAAAGUAAUUGAAGUGUCCCUGCCCCACACCAGUUAUUCAAUUGUCUGCUACCAUGUACUGUGCACAUCAGAAGUGGCAUCGAAUAUGGCAAGAUUUGAUGGGCUAGAAUAUGGUCACAGAUGUGACGUUGAUGUGUCUACUGAAGCCAUGUAUGCUACAACCAGACGAGAGGGGUUCAAUGAUGUGGUGAGAGGAAGAAUUCUCUCAGGCAACUUUUUCUUAUUAAAAGAAAACUAUGAGAAUUAUUUUGUCAAAGCACAGAAAGUGAGACGACUCAUUGCUAAUGAUUUUGUGAAUGUUUUUAAGUCUGGAGUAGACGUCUUGCUCACUCCCACCACUUUGAGUGAGGCAGUGCCAUACCUAGAGUUCAUCAAAGAAGACAACAGAACACGAAGUGCCCAGGAUGAUAUUUUUACACAGGCUGUAAAUAUGGCAGGAUUGCCAGCAGUGAGUGUCCCUAUGGCCCUCUCAAGCCAAGGGUUGCCAGUAGGACUCCAGUUUAUUGGACGUGCGUUUUGUGACCAGCAGCUUCUUACAGUUGCCAAAUGGUUCGAAAAACAAGUACAGUUUCCUGUUAUUCAGCUUCAGGAACUAAUGGAUGACUGUUCGUCAAUCUUUGAAAAUGAAAAGUUAGCUUCCGUUUCUGUAAAAUAACAGCGAUGACUAUAUCAUGCAAAUUAAAAUGACUUUUAAAGCUUUUAUAUUCUGGAGAACUUAAGUGAUCUUGCUAAUGUCUUGCUAAUAAAUUCUUAUAAUUGGGUUUACUGUCAA